CUUCUUCAAAUGUUCCCGUCUUCCCUUGGUAUCUAUCUACAUACAGACAACUUCCGAGGUCUUAUAAUUAUUUAUCUCUAUCGUAUAUAUACAUCGAGUAGCGGUAUCGUUGUAUCCGUCGGUAGCUUCCCGCGAACCUAAAACGUUUACACUACCUCUAGGUAGUACAUUCUUUAGUUCAGUCGCAGCUGUCUUUUAGGCUUUGGAUAGGCUUGGAUAGACUUGUCUCAUGUAUAAGUGGAGACCUUCCUCCGUUCAGCCUUCAUCGUAUGCACACCAAACAUGGGUUCGUAAUACCGAAUAAUUAACUCUUUAAACUAAGCACAACGCGACUUUCCUCCCUCGUACAUACAACUCACACAACAGCCUCUAGUCACACGCGCUCCUAAUUCAUACCGCCAAUCGACGACAAUCAAACCGGGUUUGAAAAGGUUACCUUCUACCGAAUCUCUAACAUCAAUUGGAUCCAGGACAACGAGUAAGGGUCCGGGUACGAGCAAGGGCACAGGAUUCAGUACGGGCACAGGAACAGGGGCAAAGACAAGACCGACAAUAAUUACUACCACAACCGCCACGGUCGCCAAGACUACCAUAACAACAGCUGCUUCAUCAUCCUCCGCGUCUUCAAGAGCAGUCCUCAGGAGACGAGACCAAAAUGCUGGACCUGUUACAGGGCUACCUUUGAAGGAGCUAGGAACAGGAAAUAUGCCCUACGACGCACCUUCAUCCCCGCCUCCACAAUCAAAUGCGAACGCGAAUAGAGCGCAGAUGCCAUCUCUCAGCGCCGCCGCCGCAAGGGCCGUGAAUAGGAAUCCCCUAACGCCUAAGAUCGCCUCCAAGACACAGCAAACGUCCACCUUAGCAACUAUCGCAACGCCUACGAAUCGGCGUCAGCAACACCCUGCCCUAGUUACCGCUAGCCGAGAAACCCCAUCCAACCGGUCAGUCUACAUCGAGGAUUCCUCGUUCGUUCCUCACCUAAGCAGCAACGUCACCCCCCGUUCUGGCUCGAGACAAAAUCGUGUUGACAGUGCUAAUAGCACGCCGAGUGGUACUCCCAACCCGGAGCGGUCAGAACCUUGGGAUCCUAGGUCUAGUUUCUGUCUACCGAGUCCAAGACUCGACGGAGACGCCAUGAGGAGGUCGGCCGCUUCCUUCAGCUCUAUCUCGCCCGAUGCGGGUGGGCAUGGAAGAUACGAUGCAUCUCAUAAUUCGGAAUCCAAAUUCUUCCAUGCGAGCGAUGUAAAGCCUUCCCGCCCAACAUCUUCCUCCAAGGUAGCCCAAGCCAAAGGUCCAACAUUUUUUUAUGCCAACGGCAACACGAUAGAGAACAACAAACCUACUUCUCCAACUUCGUUCACAGCCAGCCUUAGCCACUCGCAAGAUAAUAUCUCCAGCAAAUUUAUGUAUGCCAAUGGGACCCCAGAGAUGCGACAUACCCCGACACCUCCGAUCUCUCGUAGCUCGGGUUCGGUAGUAUCGAUAGCUCCUAAGCCAUCUACUACGCGCCCGACAACAAACCCCCCUGGCGCUAGCCACGCUCUUGCGCAGAGGCCCAGCUCUCCAGCAAAGUUGUCAUCUCAAGUCCCACAAGCAUCAUCUAAACCCAACAAUACAGGUCGUCAGCAGGUUCUAACUGCGCCCCAGUUAGGGCCGUCCCCUGGACUCCGUCGAUCUAGUACCGGUACGUCGCGAGUAGGCGGACAUUCUCGCACUGGAAGUUUGGUGAAAGGAGACCAGUUUUCUGCUACCCCGAAGCUGAUGAGCGCUCACGUGUCGCCAGAGGCAUCUCCUCCUAUAACUGUGCCUUCCACGCCCGCUCCUUUAACUCUGGCUUCGAUAAUACAAGCGGCCGAGGAUUUUGCAGAGGACGAAGAGUCCGAAAUGCCAGAUGAAAUUGGAUCCGGUUUGCAAAGCCCCACCAAAUCAGUUCAUUCCACGGAACCGGUCAAUGAAUUAGUUGCAAAUGCGAGACGCGAACGCAAAGUUCAGGACUUGCAGAUUACAAAUGCAUCUCUCGAGGCUAUCAACAGGACGUUAGAACGCCAACUGCGGAAGCAAACGGCAGAGCUGAGAAGAUUUCGACGUUUGUCGCGUGCCGGCCGGCUUUCUUUGCCAUCUACUCUUUCUGGCCGAACAUCAUUGGAUGUCUUUUCAGAGCAUGCGAUAGGGACGAUGGUCCUUUCCGACCUCGACGAACAGUCCGAAGUAGAAAAAGAGGAGAAGGAGGGAAAGGAGGACGAGGAGGAUGGUGGAGAGGAGUCGUCUUUAGAGAGCGAUUCAGCAUCUGGAUCCCUUAGCCCGAGUAUCGUCGCGGAACGAGACGCAAAACAUAGAAGACGAGAUGAGGAACGACUACAAGUUGACUUAUCUAAACAUCAGCAACUACUCAUCGACUCGCAGAAGAUAAAUCAGAGCAUCAAAAGGUGUCUAGACUGGACGGAGGAGCUCAUCAACGAAGGCAAGAAGGCUCUCCAGACACAUAUCAGAGCUAGUGAUGUUGAAUUAGGUGGAAGAGUGCUAGUAGUAGAUCCAUUAGACGAUGAUGACGAUCGACCCCUAACUUCGGAUGGUUCUCGCGAUGACACCUCUUCGAUGCUCGAUGAAAUACUCGACGAGAAGUCUCUAGAAGGUGCAGGAAGGUUAGCAGGUUGGAAUUUUGAGCGGCAGGAUAGGGAUAGCGGCAUAGAACUCCCUGCUGAUGGAGGCUAGAGUCUGAAGGUUGCGAGUAUUUCGCAGCUAGAUCAUACUAAUAUUCUUACGACAGAUAUAUAUCUUUUUUCUAUUUUGGAUACGAUUCGUUUACAACAUAUAAGACACCAACUGCAACAGCUUCGGGGUUAUAUCACCGUACGGAGCCGCUUCAUUAUUCAUUGGAUUCCACAAUCACCAUUUUCUUUGUAUCAACUGUAACAUCAACGGAUACCCCAAAAAUCAUCACGGAAAGGCGCAGGGUCAGUAGACCAAUCUCCACACCACAUUGACAGAAACAAAAUUUCCUACCCAAGUCUCAUAAUGAUACCCCAGAAUAAUGAAUCAGGAAGCCGAAGAGUACACACGCCCAACAUAGAAAGGAUGAGAGGUAGACGCCUAAAGAAGGGUGAACGCGAGUUCUAUCAGGAUCUUUUUUCUUUGGUGGUAUCCAGAUACAUACAUAUGUCGACUACAUGAAGGUAUUGCCUUCAGGGGUGUAUGCAAUCGAGGCUACCCACCAAAAAGUGCUCGGAUGAAUCAGGUCGGCGGGUUGAUAACAGUCUAGCAUGCAUGAGACUCCGCAUAGCAAUUGAUGCUUCAGCAAAGCAACACAAUA